GUACACCUCCACCUCCGUCCCCGUCUCUGUCUCUCCACCGUACCGGCGCGCGCCAGCAGUGCCACCACCUGAUCCGCCCGGCCAGCUAGCUAGCUCCACCACCACUACUCUCCACAUGGAGGCGCUGCUCCCGAGGUCCGGCGGCGUCAUCUCGCCAAAGAUCAGCACGAUCCUGCAGUCGCACGUGUACCCGCGGUUCGGCCGCGUGCUGCGCGCGCUCGCCCGGGUCAAGUCGGCGCUCCUCGACGCCCUCGGCAAGACCAAGUGGGGCGCGCGGCGGCGGAAGCAGCACGCGCCCUCCAUCGCCCGCGGCCGCCGCUCGAAGAAGAGGAAGAGCAGCAAGGGCGAAUUUUCGAAGAAGCCGCCGCACCUCACCUGGUCCGGCGGCCUGUCGCCGCUUCGAGGCGCGGCCGUGGAUGCGCUGGACGUGGACUACCACGUGUACCCGUCCUGUGACUAUGAGUCGGUGUGGAACGCGGUCGUCGUGCCCGCGGCGACCGGUGAGUACUGUGGGUACCUGCGCUGGCUCGAGGAGGAGAUGCCGGACGAGGUGGGGGUCGUGGAGGAGGAGGAGGAGGAGGAGGUGGAGGAAGACGACGGCGUCGCCUCUGGCGGCGGGAACGAGAUCGACCGGCUAGCGGAGCAGUUCAUCGCGAGGUGUCGUGCCAACUUCUUGCUGGAGAAGCAGGAGUCGUACGACCGGCGUCAGGAGAUGAUCGCCAGGAGCCUCUGAAUCCGCCAUCGUCUUCGUCGUCAGGGUUGUUAAUCGUAAUCGAUGCUUUUUUUUUUCCUUCUAGCUCUUCUUCCCCUACAUAGCACUCUGGAGUUGGCGAUGUCGAGAUUGAUCGAUGAAUGAUGAUUAUAUAGCAUGCAGUAUACGUGAAUUCAUUGUGCAGCCGCUGUGGCUUUCUUGCUGCACCCUGACAACACUGAAGAAUGCUAGCUUCUUCGAUCAGUUCAACAGGAUUUGUUGGA